AUCAAGUCCAAGAUCGGACUGAAAACCGAGAAUCAGAGUCAUGGAAAGGAGGAAAGAGGAGUGCUAUGAAGAAGAAAACUUGGAUUAUGUGAGCGGCCCAGAGCCGCAGUUCGCGACGAAAAGGAAGAAGAACAAGGGCACAAACACGAGGCGAUUUAGCGACGAACAAAUCAGUUUGUUGGAGUCUAUAUUCGAAGCAGACUCGAAGCUCGAGCCGAGGAGGAAGGUGCAAUUGGCAAGAGAGCUUGGGCUGCAGCCUCGCCAGGUUGCCAUAUGGUUUCAGAACAGAAGAGCUAGAUGGAAGUCGAAACAGAUGGAGCGGGACUUGAGAAGUCUCAGAGAAGAUUAUGACAAGUUAGCAUGUCGGUUUGAAUCUUUGAAGGAGGAGAAGCAGUCCUUGCUUAUGCAGUUGCAGAAGUUGAAUGAUCUUGUGGGAACAUCUCGAGAUGGCGCCCCUACCGAAGAUUCUCUCAUGAAUCAGACGGCGGAUGGAUCGAGUUACAAAGAUGGGAAUUGUGAGACGACUGCUCAAGUAAGACUAGAAGAGGAAUUGGAGCGGAGAGGAGUCAUAGAUUCACAUACAAGCAAUGAUGUUGGUGGGGAGUAUGGAGAUGAAAGACAUGAUGAGCUUCUGAAGAUAGGUCAAUUGGAUGCCUCUGCGACACCUCAAGAAUUGCAUAGGCUGGAUUCAGGCAGCAUUUUGUUUGAUCCAUCACGUUGUAAUUUACACUGGUUAAAUUUCUGGGCUUGAAAUUUUCAACACCCCCCCUUCCCCCAACACCCUGCAUAUAAAAGUUUGGUGUAAUAUUUAGAGUGAAGAUUUUUACUAUAAUCAAUGUAUUGAUCCUUCUAAACUAAA